AUGGCCACGGCCGACAGGAUGCAAACCACCGCAGGAUCAUGGGCUCUGCUCGGAUGCAUCGUACCAAAAGACGCUCAUAUCGUCAGUCUGUUGCGCAAGGCCGGAGCCGUCAUUCUGGGCAAGGCGAAUCUGGACGAAUGGGCCGGCAUGAGAGGCAGCAUCUACUCUCUGGGGUACUCGGCGCGCGGUGGGCAAUGCCGAAACCCAUAUCUGUUGAAUCGUUCCGCGAAUGGCAGCAGCUCUGGCAGUGCCGUAUCAGUAUCGGCAAAUAUUGUCCCACUCGCGUUUGGGACAGAGACGGACUGCAGCAUCAUCAGCCCUGGCAUGGUGAACGGCGUGGUGGCCAUCAAACCGACCGUGGGGCUCACUUCGCGUGGAGGUGUCAUCCCGAUUUCGGAAACUCAGGACUCGAUCGGCCCGUUCGGACGAUGUGUGGCAGACGCGGCGAGAGCUCUCGAUGUCAUUGCCGGGCCUGAUCCCGACGACAAGUUCUCGACGCAGCCUGAAAGAUGGCAGCCGAAGAGCUACUGCAACUUUCUCGCCGAUCGACAUGCGCUUAAAGGUGCCAAGUUCGGCCUUCCCAUUAAGAGGUUCUGGGAAGUCGCUCCAUUUCCCCAACGAGCAGUGGCCGAAAAGGUCCUGCGACUGAUCACGGACGCCGGUGCGGACAUCAUCUCGGUGGAUAUGCCUUGUGCAGAGGAGAGAUUGAACAAAGACGGGGUGUGGGAUUGGGAACGAUACGGAGACAAACACCCAGAGAUUGCGGAGAUCACGGUGAGCAAAGUGCAGACAUACUACUUGAUGAACGAGUACCUGGCCAAGUUGAAGAACACGCCCAUCAAGACCCUCGAGGACAUUGUGCGGUUCAACGACGAAAAUCGAGGCUCCGAAGGUGGCCAUGCUGGUGACUUGCCGCCAUUUCCUGACGGCCAACGACUGUUCCGCCAAUGUGUCGAGACCAAAGGCGUCAAAGACAAGACAUACUAUGACGCGCUGACGCAUAUUCAGUCACAGUGCCGAGGUAAUGGCAUCGAUGCUGCGCUGCGCCAUUUCGACGCCCUGUUGUUUUGCGAUGUCAAGGCCGGAGGUAUUCAAAUAGCCGCUCAGGCCGGAUACCCCGUAUUGACGAUUCCCAUUGGUCUCGAUCCAGACGGAAUGCCAGUUCCGUUGACUCUGCAGCACACCGCGUGGCAGGAAGACAAGCUGGUGAAGUGGGCGAGCGCAAUUGAGGAUCUGUUGAGAACGCACAACGAAGAGAAUUCAACUCCGCUAUCAUCACGCAGAAGCCGAAUAGGAAGAGUGCCGCCGAGCUAUAUGAACCACCUAAGGAAGAACAUUCCGGUGGAUCUGGAUUAUCAAUGGCCUGGACGGCAUCCUGACCAAGGUUGUUAA